AACCAAACCAUUGUCUGCUCUGAACAGUGCAGUAGGGGUUCCUGAAUGUUUACAAAAUAGCAAGGCUUUUAGGAACUGAGUUCUGGAACAUAAGUCCCUCAGUGACCCUCAGUGAAUUCAUGCUCCCUAUGCUGUUAUAAAAUUAUGUUUCCUCUUGACAGGAUUACAGUGUUCUAGUUAUUGCAGCAAAUAUGGCUGGAAAGUUUGCAAUAGGUGUUGCAUUCGGCCUUAUCUACCUGUAUACGGCAGAGCUAUAUCCAACAGUUGCACGGACCCUUGCAGUGGGCAGUGGGAGCAUGAUGUGCCGGGUAGGGAGCGUGGUAGCCCCUUUCUGUGUUUACCUGUCAAGUGUUUGGAUCUUUAUGCCACAGCUGAUUGUAGGAGUCAUGGCCUUCCUGAGUGGAGUGCUAACCCUGAUGCUACCAGAAACACUUGGGAAGCCGUUGACAAAUACAUGGGCAGAACUCAAUGAGCAUAUGAAAAAAGACAGUGGCUCAGAAAAGUAUCUCCCAGCAUCUCAGGAUGGUGCAGCACGGGAUAAGAUUGAGAUGCUGAACCAAGAGGCACACGGCACUGAUGGAUAAGAUUUUUAAAAAUGCUAUUAUGUGCUGUAUUGUGCUCCUUCGUUUGCAAUAUCCACUGGUUAGUACACGUUCCUUGUAAUCUGUACACCCUCUUGCCCUCUCAUCAUGGAGACAAGAAUUAGAGCUUGUAGAACAUAUUUUGAAGCUGUUCUGAAGCACUUUGUUAACAUAUGACGUGAGUAAUGCUAAUUCAAAGAAAUAUGUUUUUCUGAUACUGAUUUUAAAAAGCCACCUCUAGCUUCUUUCUCAGAUUUCCUGCUGCAUUCAUUGUCAUUUCAAAAUCCCCUGUUAAUAUUUUUUGAAUUGCCAAGUGCAACCACAACAAAUCAUGAAUUGGUAUUGUUACAUUCUCGGACAUUUAGACAAUGUUUACAUAGAAGGAAAACUCUCAAAUAAUUGUAGUGAUUUCUUAAUAAAUGGAAUGUGCCAAUCUAGGUUUUCUAAGCUUUUGUCUCAUUUCUUAGCAAUGCCAUCCAUUUAAAAGGAGAAGCCAGCCCAUGGCUUCUAAUGGAGACAGUCAACAUUUGUAAGUUGCAUAGACAGCAUGCAUGCUCAUUGAAUGUUAAAGGAAUUAUGUGUGACCGAAACAAAAUAUUGUUAGCUGUCUGUAGCAAUGUCUCUGCAGCACAGAUAAAAUCAGGUUGUCUUAAAAA